AUGACGUCUAUCAAAGUUGCAGUGAGGGUUCGCCCCAUCAACCAAAGGGAAAUAGACAUGGAGAGUAAGAUUAUAGUUAAAAUGGAGGGUGAAAAAACAACCAUCAAAAAUGUCAAGUUACUAUCUGGUGUUGAUUUUGAUCUGUUACGAGAUCAGUUAAAACUGAAAGAAUUCACGUUUGAUAAAUCAUUUUGGUCUGCUGUUCCUAGUGAUAAACAUUUUGCUACACAAGAAGAGGUGUUCCAGUCAUUAGGAAAGGAUGUAGUUACAGCAGCAUACGAGGGCUACAAUGUCUGUGUUUUCGCGUAUGGACAAACUGGUUCAGGAAAGAGCUAUACCAUGAUGGGAAGCCAGGAUAAUCCAGGAUUUAUACCAAGAUUCUGUAAGGAAUUAUUUAAAAGAAUGACAGACGACAGAACAAGUUAUAAAACCGAGGUCAGUUAUUUAGAAAUCUACAAUGAAAAGGUACGAGAUUUAUUAAAGAUACAAACUCCUAGUAGUCAAAUUGUACAUAGUUUACGUGUUAGAGAACAUCCUAAAGAUGGACCUUAUGUACAAGAUUUAUCAAAACAUACUGUGAUAAGACAUGAAGAUAUACAACAAAUGAUAGAGAAGGGAAAUUUAAACAGAACUACAGCGUCUACCUUGAUGAAUGAUGUGAGUAGUAGAUCACAUGCUAUCUAUACUAUUCUAUUUACACAGGCAGGAUAUAUUGAUAAUAUGCCAAGUGAAAAACAUAGUAAGAUACAUCUGGUGGAUCUGGCUGGCAGUGAGAGAGCUGAUGCUACUGGUGCCAGUGGACUAAGAUUAAAGGAGAGUGGAAGUAUCAAUAAAUCAUUGGUAACACUGGGCAAUGUUAUCUCUACACUAGGUAUGUUUACAGUAUAUUUUUGUGAGAAUGAUGGAAAAAGAAGAAAUAUAUUUAUACCAUACCGAGACUCUGUUUUAACAUGGCUACUUAAAGAUAGUCUGGGAGGAAACGCUAAAACUAUUAUGAUAGCUACAAUAUCACCAGCUGAUGUGAACUAUUCUGAAACAUUAAGUACAUUACGUUAUGCCAACCGAGCCAAAAAUAUUAUCAAUAGACCUACUAUUAAUGAAGAUGCUAAUGUUAGAUUGAUUAGAGAACUAAGAGAAGAGAUAGCUAGAUUAAAAGCACUAUUAGGAAGUGGUCAGGAUAUGAUAACUUCACCAAAAGUACAAGAAAAACUUCAUGAGAAUGAGGCUAGGGUAAGUUUAUUAACUGAAGAAUGGGCUGGUAAAUGGAAAGAAACAGCCAACAUUUUACAGGAACAGUCUAACCUAGGGUUACGUAAAGAAGGUGUGGGUAUCGUGCUAGAUUCUAGUCUACCACAUUUAAUAGGUAUAGAUGAUGAUAGAUUGAGUACUGGUGUUAUGUUAUAUCACUUGAAGGAAGGUGUAACAACACUGGGUAUUGCUGAUGAGGCAGAAACACCUGAUAUCACACUAAGUGGACCAGGUAUACUCAAUGAUCAUUGUAUGAUAGAAUAUGAGAAUGGUGUAGUCACUUUAAUUCCUAAGAAUGAUGCUGUAUGUGCUGUUAAUGGUACCAAUAUCACAGAAUCAACCAGACUACAGCAAGGUGCUUCUGUUAUAUUACUAGGAAGAACUAAUAUGUUUAGGUUUAAUAACCCAGCUGAAGCUGCUAAGAUGAAAAAGGAGUUUAGCAAGGUAAGAAAUCUUUCUUGA